AUUGAUAAUUGAUAAUCGUCCGAACUUCGAACCCGAGGGAGGUGGACUAUAAUUGGAAGGAAUUCACGGAUUAGCUGGCUCAAGCAGACUGCUUCAGCUGAACUGUUUUCGAGAACCUUCGUUAUCAGAUUUUUGAGCCUUUUAAAGGUCAACAGGUCCAUUGAUUAUAGACGCCGAGUAAUAAAAAGUCGAUAUCAAUACCCGAUUCGUUUGCUCUCGCGUCCAAACGUUGCCCGCAUCUAUUUCCGAACAGUUUUUAUUGCUUACGGCCUACGGGUUUGCCCGAACCGAAAUAGAGAUCGAAAGCACUGCCGUCCGUGCCCCGUGAUCCACGAUCUACUCAGUCAUAGUUCUGCCAAGUGCCAAUGCUAUUGCACGUUUUCGGUACUGCAAAAAUGGAUAACUAUAAGUGUUCACUGUCUGUCGUCGACGUCUAUGAUAUGGCACAGGACAUCGGACGAGAGUUCGAGUCCAUCAUAGACGCGUAUGGCACUGAUGCCAUAACAGGACUAAUGCCCAAGGUGGUAUCCGCCCUAGAGCAAAUGGAAAUAUUGGCUAUGAAGAAUGAGCGAGAGAACACCACUGUGGAUGACCUGCGAGCGACAAUACAACAACUGGAAAUGGACAAACAGGAACGGACCGAGGACAGAAUCAAGUAUGAGAAGGAAAUGGAACAGAUUGAAGAUAAAUGGCGUGAAGACUAUAAUGAAUUGUUGACUACUGUUUCUAGACUUCAAGAUGACAACCGUAAAUUGACAGAGUCUUUGCAAGCUGCUGAAAAGGAUAAAAUAGUUGAUUCAAAAUCACAAAUUCUAAGUCCAGAUGUUGAUACUGUGGCUCUUCAACGUCUGCGCCAUACUGUAGAUCAAAUGCGCGAUAGUAUUAGAAGCUAUGAACAUCAAUUAAAUUCAAAGAGUAAUGAAGUUGAUUCUUUAACCGUUCAAAUGGAUAGGCUUCAAACAACUUUGAAAGACUUACGACGUAAGCAUCGUUUUGCACAACUACAAUGUCGUGGUUUAGUUGAAGAGAGGGCAGAUAUUCUCUCCCAACUUCAAAAGCAGCAAAAAGAAUUUAUAUCACUUAGACAAAGGUUUGGUGUAGCUCAAAAAGAAAAUGAAGACCUCUCAAAAUAUAGAGAUGAUUUGCCUGAUUUGAAAAACAAAGCCAUUUAUGACUUAGAUGAUCCAGAUAGACCAAAGUUUACUACCAAUGAACUGAAAGAUAUUUUGACUGAACGUAAUGAACUAAAAACUCGUGUUAAUGAUCUUGAAGAUGAACUCUCACAGUAUAGGCCGGCCGAGCAGUUAACAAUAUCCCAGGAAAGGGAUGAAAUCCAAGAAACGCGGGUACGAAGAAUUUUGUUACGAAACUGUGCCACCAGAACAGACAGUCACCGACAAAAUCUUGACACCGCUCCGGGCAAUAAGGAAAACACGCAAGUGUCAGUCAUCACCCCAGAAAGUUCAUCAGAUGUAACGUCCCCAACCAGGUCCGAUGAUGAUCAGGAAGAAGGGCCUGUUCAAGGACCAUUACCUUUAGAACCUGAUGAUGCACCAUGGAAACGAAAUCCAGAAUCUGGUAUUCGUAAACUUUUUCGUAAGAUGUUUGCUGAAACUAACAACUCUUUAUUUUCUAAGACUAGUCCUAAACAUCCUAAGCUAUCGUUAUCCAAAAUGGCUGUAUCCAUUGGUCAUUCGUCUAUUAUGGGACCGUCUGAAGUGUGAUAAAUAAAACAUUGAUCUCAAAUUGAAUUAUUGUUUAUUAAUCAUUACUAAAAGUAUUAUUUUAAGGCAUAUGCAUAGAUAAAUUAUAAGGGAUCAGUAAACAUAAGAACUACAAAUCAAAUAAACUUAGUAAUAUUAUUUUUUUUUUUUUACAUAUAUAUUUUACAAUAUUUUUGUCGUGAUUAUUUAUUAUUAAUACUUAAAAUGCUAGGGCAUAGCUCUUAUAAAUUGUAUUGAACUAUUGUAUUAUUUAUUUUACAUAAUAGAAUGCUUAUUUAUAAAUACAUACAAAUAUCUAACUUUUCUAAGUUAGAUUUUUAAUCUUAGUUUUUGUUUGCUAGUGCUAAUUAUUUUGAGUUACAGCAACAUGUCAGAGUAUUGUAAAUUAAGUGAAUAAGUUCUAUUUUAAUUGAAAUGACAUUGGAGUAUGUAAUUAUUGCAUUCAGAUAAGUUUUUUUUAUUAAUUUAUUUAUCAUUUAUGUACAAAAAAAAAAUAUGCUAUUACUUUGAUUUAUUAACUUUUGUCUCAAGUUAAAGAAAAAAAUGCUCAUAAUAUAUUGUUUUUAAUGACCCCCCUAUUUAAUUGUAUUACAUUAUGCAGUACAAUAAUAUUUAGGCUAAUGCUUUUAACGUAACUCAUCUAGUCGAGUUGAUAAUCAAAUAAAAUUGAUUUUGUUAUAUUUUUUUUUUCUGUGUUUGUACUUGAAACAAAGUGAAGAAUAUUUUUAUAGUGAUUUAUAAUCAAAUUUUUAACUAUUUUUAAAUAGUAUUAAAUUUAUAAUUGUGUUUAUAUUGCAUUGUACUCCCCAUGCUUUUUAAUUGUAUAGAGACAUGCAACGUUUUGUUGAAGAAAAUGUGUACUUCCAAAAUAUUUAUUUUAAUUGGCUAUUGUUUUGUUAAUCGUAAUUAUUUAAAAAAAAACUACAAUAUAGUAAUUUGAAUUAGACAAUAUUUUUACCAAAUUGCCUUUUUUAUGUUUGAGUACUUUUUUUGUAAUUUCUUCUACCAGCCCAAUACUAUAAUAUUAUCUGUACUGUUUACACUUUAUAAGCUUGUCAGCUGGUAUUAACGUUCAUGCUAUCAAGAUUAUUAAUCUAUUAUCUUUCCAUACAUAGUGUCAAAAACUGCAAAAUAUAAUUUACAUUCGAAAUUA